GCAACUACUGCAAAGUGCGCGGGACAGGCUGCUUCAGCCCACACCACUCAGUAUCCAAGAGAAGAGCCAGAGCUCUGCAGCGAGGCGCUCUCACUCAUCACACCCAAUAAUGUGACAGUCAGACGGAAACGUUUAUCAGAUGUUUCAGCUCAUCAUCGCUUCAGUCGCGAGCGCGUCUUUCCAGGUGCCACACAGUUUCCCGUCAGUUUCCUGAGUGUUAUCCACGAGGAUACCUGCUCUGAGAUGCGGCAAUGUCCCGAGGAGUAUGCCCACGUGUGAACUGCUGCGGACUCCUGUGGACUGUUUUAGCGGUCAUUUUUGGCAUGCACCUCUGUCACGUGGACGCGUAUAGCUGUCAUGAAGUGAGGACCGCAUUUCAGCUUCGUUCUGUCGGACCAGUGCAUCGAGUCCCUGAAACACCUGGCGUAGAUGUGGAUCUACUGCUCUGCAAGCACCAGGGACUGUCCUGCUGCACCCGUAAAAUGGAGGAGAGCUACUUGAUCGCUGUCAAACGAGAGACCCUUCACAACAUUCAGUCUUACAGCUAUGAGCUUGAGCACCUCUUCUCGGGCCAUGCAGAUGCUUUUCAGGACAUGUUCCAGUACCUUCUGUCCUUCUCACAAGGUCACCUUAGUUCUCUGCUGGAGGGAAACUUCCCAUCCCUGUCCCGGCACGCACUGCCUCAUGUAAACCAGCUUUUCUCCUCUCUGUCCCAGCACUUGCGAGGGGCCAAUGUCUCUGUGGAGGCCGCAGUUCAUCAGUUUUUCAACAACCUUUUUCCACUAGUCUACUCUCAGCUGAUCAACCCAGGCAUGGAGAGGGAGGUCAUGCGAGAGAUGGACGACUGUCUGCGAAUGACCAGACAAGACGUCAACCCCUUUGGGCCUCACCCAGCUGUCAUGAUCCAGGAGCUGGUCGGAGCCCUGGGGGCUGGGAAACAUCUCGGCCUGGCCCUCACAGAAGGUCUGGAGGUCCUGAAUGCCACUGAACACAUCAGUUUGAGCAAAGAGUGUGUGAAGGCUCUGGUCAAGAUGGUGUACUGCUCCCACUGCAGAGGCCUGACCCUAAUCAAACCUUGUGACGGUCUCUGUCUCAAUGUGAUGCGCGGGUGCUUGGCCAGUGUGUCUGAGCUGGACCAGCCCUGGAGAAGAUACACCACACUAUUGGAGCAGCUCACCAACGCCAUGGCUAAACAGCACAGCAUGGAGCUGGCUCUGCUGGGGGUGAGAGGGCACGUCAAUGAGGCUCUCCUUUACGCACAGCUCCACGGCCCCAUCAUCACACCCACCGUGGACAAGGUGUGUGGCCUGUCUGCGAGAGAGCGCACUGGCAUUAAGCCUACACAGUCAGAGGUCACGACCUCCAGCAUGAACCUGUCUACUGCAGCUCCGUCUGCCUCCCAGCCGCUAUCAGAACAGUGGCUGGAAAAGUUAGCGCAUUUAAGAAGCUCGCUCCCCCUGAAACCCUCCAAGAACAAUAAACAUGAUCUGAGAACAUUGUCUAGAGAGUUCCUGAUCUACGUGCGGCGAUACAGGUCGUUCUUUGCGGCCCUGCCAGAGCUGCUGUGCGAGAGGGAGAACGUCAUCGGCGACUCAACGUGCUGGAGCGGAGAUGACGUAGUGGAAAGCUAUACAAGCAGAGUAGUUGGAAACGGUCUGCCCGCCCAGAGGCAAAAUCCGGAGGUCAAAGUUCGCUCUGCAGAUCCUGUUCUAGUGGAGGUCAAGGACAGGCUGGAUCGCUUCUGUCAGGAGACCCACGAGAGGUUCCCGAAUCUGGGUCAGAUGGAAGCCUGGGACGAGCUGGCCAGUGGAGAGGUGGAGGAGGGCAGCACAGACUGUGAUGACGAGGAUGGAUGUCAGGCAUCAGGAGAGGGGCCAGAGAGGACAUCUCAUCCCGAAGUCUUGACUGAAGGGAAAUCUUUGGGGAACCAGCCGGGCAGUGACAGGCUGCACGUCAAACCUGUCAAGCCCACGUCGGUGAUGGUGAUCGGGGGCUCGGCUACGUCUCUCCGGCCCCUUCCGUGGAGCUUCGCGCUGCUCCUCGCUGCACUUUGCUCACUGUUGACCUUACGCCGGCCGUGAAUGCUACUGUCCCAACACCCCCCCAACCACCUGGAAGGAAACUGCUUACAUCUUUACACAUAUCUUCAACUUAACGAAACGAUAAGUCAAUAAGCUGACGGAGGACAAUGUUGACAGGGACGUAAUGUCGUAUUUUGCAUAAAAACAAAGAAUGAGUAGACAUACGCGCGUACUCAUCUGCAAUGAAAAUCUGCUGCUUUCACUGUUCCAGGUAAUUGCAAUAAUCGCUUUACUCACACAUAUAAGCGCUUUAUGGUUUAAACCUGGACUACAUUCUUAAAAAGUACUCCCACUUUGCAACUGUUUAAUCCACUGGUUCGUUCUGCUGCCGUUUCUUCCCUUGUGCUAUCACCGCACAGCACUGUUCUCCAGUAACGCGGAAGAAUUCAAGUCAUUUUCUUUGGGGGGAUUAUGAGGAAUGCAUGAUGGAUUGAUAGAAGAAACCUGCGCGCCCGAAACCGGAAGAGCCAACGUGAUAAACUCUAAUGACUUUGUACCUUGGCAGGGAUUAGAAUGUAAUGAGUUCACUGGUAGAGCAUGGCACACUGGCACUGGGUGUAACUGUAUAUAGGUAGAGAGAUUUGAUGUAUGAAGAAAAUUUGCCAGUGGUUUUUUUUAUUUUAUUUGUACAAUUACUUUGAGAGUGCCUGCGGAAGCCUUCAGACGUUUCACUGUUAUCAUGAGAAAAGCAGGUAUGCACAAACGGUCACGAAAAGAAAAGCGCUCAAAUUCAAAGUGGUCGCUUUCGAAAGACGGUUUGUGCGUUCGGUUUUUGUGUUUGCUUGUUGGAAUGACACACUAAUGCAUGUAUCGCCCUGGAAAGCGAAAUUCAAAAUUGAGUGACAAAAGAGCAAAAAGUUUUUGAUCAAAUUCUGGACCAUUUUUCUUUUUCAGUCAAUUCAUUUCCCCAAACAAGGACACCUGUUAUCCAAAAUUAGCUUUUUUGGGGCUUUUAAUCGUACAUAUCUUACAUACUUACCAUUAAUCCAAAGAUUUUUUUUUUCUCUCAGAACUUUGCCUGGAUUGUUGCGUCAUAGGUUAAUUCCUGUGCAGUUUUAAAGCCCAUAAACAAUCUCUGGACUCAUCCUGCAGUCAGUUUAAGACCUUCAUUUGUUUAUUUUUUAAUGUUCAUUCAUGUUGCUGACACUAGGGGGAGCUCCAACGCUUAAAUUCCUCAUUGAAAACUGAGGCGUAGUUUAUAAAUUAUACUUUUUUUCAAAUGUAGGCAUUAUUUUACUUAUCCCAAGGUGCCAAAAAGCAAGUUUAGAUUGGAAUUAAAGCCAGAAGAACGCAUAACAGUAAGUUGAUACACAAUUAAACAAACCUCUGCCAAGGCGUUGGUCUGGGCACUGGAGUUUGACUGAAUUUUGGGUGUUAUAGUUAAGCGGUAAAUGUUAAUCAAUGCUCAUUCAUUUUCAUUCAACCAUAAAACCCUUGUAAUAUUUCUUUUUUUAUCCCCACAUAGUUUGAACAUCUCCAUCUACUCCAUUGUUGGUUGAUUCUGACUAUCCAAAAAACGCAUUACAUUUUGGAGAUUACACGUCAUACUAUUUAUUUUCUAUUUCACAAAAGUCAUCGAUGAGCUCUAGGAUUGAAUGAAUGUGAUUGUCAAAGAUGUGCAUACAAAAUAAGCUAACUAACUUAAAUGUUCCAAUCAGUGACAAUAUGGAGAAUGACCCUUAUUAAAAACUAUGCAAUGUCUUCAGCUUGGCCAAUGGAACUGUCACGUGCUCUGUUUUCUUGUAUUUGUCUGGUCCUUAACCUGCUCUACCUGCCGCACCCACCACCUGUGUAUAAAUGUACAUAUUUGAAGUCA